GCGGCCCCUGUGUCUCCUCCUACAUCGAAUCGGACUUCUUCCUCCGGCAGCCACACGUCAGCUUCUCCUUCGCUAGCAUCAGUCUCUGUUCAUGGUCAGACUGUGUGAGAGGAGGAUGAAGUUCCUGGUUGCUGUGACGGUCAUCGUGGGGUCGCUCAUUUUCCUCGCCUUCCCGAACGGCUCUUCGGCAGACGAGAAGAAAAAGGGACCGAAAGUCACUGCCAAGGUUUACUUCGAUAUCAGAAUUGGAGAUGAAGAUGUUGGGAGAAUUGUCAUCGGAGUUUUUGGAAAAACUGUUCCUAAAACAGUCGAUAACUUUGUGGCUUUGGCUACAGGCGAGAAAGGAUUUGGAUACCAAGGCAGUAAAUUCCACCGUGUGAUUAAAGACUUCAUGAUUCAGGGAGGCGAUUUUACCAGAGGAGAUGGAACUGGAGGUAAAAGUAUCUAUGGAGACCGUUUUCCUGAUGAGAACUUCAAGCUGAAGCAUUAUGGAGAGGGCUGGCUCAGCAUGGCCAAUGCUGGAAAAGACACAAACGGCUCUCAGUUCUUCAUCACCACCGUCCAUACGCCGUGGCUCGAUGGGAAACACGUCGUCUUUGGGAAAGUUCUGGAGGGAAUGAAUGUGGUAAGGAAGAUUGAGAGUACGAAGACGGACGGCCGUGAUAAACCUCUGAAAGAUGUCAUCAUCCAUGAAUGUGGAAAAAUCGAGGUGGAUAAGCCAUUCGCUGUGGCCAAAGAGUAACGAGGACCAGAAUCAGACAGGGUCUGAAGCUGCUUGAUCUGGGUCCCAACGAGCAUUCCAGCUGCACUGUAUUAUGAUGAUUUUUUUUUUUUUUUUUUUUUUUUUUUUUUUUUGUAAAAAAGAAAAACAAGGAAAUCUGAAAUAAAGGUUUCAACUUUUUGUUAAACAGA